CGGAUCUAAAAUCUAAACAGAUCUGGGUCCAAUCGCCCAGUUGCCCAUUUACGUCAGAGGCAGCAUUGGAGUUGUCACGCAUGGUGGUGUCGCUACUCGCUGCAAUUGCAAUUGCAAUUUCAAGUUCACAGGCGGACCAUUUUCUCGCUUCUAAUUGGCCGACAAGAUAUCAUCUCCAUAUCCAUCCGCUGACCUACCGCUCUUAACACCAGCAAAACCCAUCUUCAAAGUCUCUCUCUCUCUCUCUCUCUCUCUCUCUCUCUCUCUCUCUCUCUCUCGUGCUAUGGAGACUCUCCCUUUAAACCAGGCUUCUUUGCGCCCUUCUCCGGCUAAUCUGUGUCCUGGGUCAGUUUCAGCUCCUGUGCUCUCUCUACCGAAGCUGAAAUCUCCUGCUCUUAGCCGCAGGAGAAAAUCUCUGGUGACAAGGGCCUCUGUGGCUGUUCAGCAGCAAAAACAGACCAAAGUUUCGCUUAUUAGAAUAGGCACGCGAGGAAGUCCACUUGCACUAGCACAAGCAUAUGAGACACGUGACAAACUCAUGGCAACACAUACGGAGUUGGCUGAAGAAGGGGCCAUUCAAAUUGUUGUGAUAAAGACUACAGGUGAUAAAAUAUUGACCCAGCCACUUGCUGACAUUGGUGGGAAGGGCUUGUUUACGAAAGAAAUAGAUGAGGCACUAUUAAAUAGUGAAAUAGACAUCGCUGUCCACUCAAUGAAGGAUGUUCCUACUUAUCUACCUGAUGGGAUAGUUUUACCUUGCAACCUUCAGCGUGAGGAUGUCCAAGAUGCAUUUAUUUCCUUGAAUGCAGCCUCUUUAUCAGAGCUCCCAGCUGGGAGUAUUGUUGGAACGGCUUCACUUAGAAGGAAGUCACAAAUUCUUAACAGAUAUCCAACACUCAAUGUACUGGAGAACUUCCGGGGAAAUGUUCAAACACGGUUGCGAAAACUCAAUGAAGGUGUGGUCCAAGCAACUUUAUUGGCAUUGGCUGGUCUGAAACGCCUGCAGAUGACGGAAAAUGUAACUUCUAUUCUUGCAAUAGAUGAAAUGCUCCCAGCUGUUGCGCAAGGGGCAAUUGGAAUUGCCUGUCGAAGCAAUGAUGAUAAGAUGGCUAAUUAUAUAGCCUCAUUGAAUCAUGAGGAAACCAGGUUUGCAGUUGCAUGUGAGAGGGCCUUUCUUGAGACCCUGGAUGGAUCUUGUCGCACUCCCAUAGCUGGUUAUGCCUAUCAAAGCAAGGAUGGGAACUGCAUUUUCAAAGGAUUGGUGGCUUCUCCAGAUGGAAUGCAAGUACUUGAAACGUCUAGACAAGGCCCCUAUGUGCUUGAAGAUAUGAUUCUGAUGGGAAAAGAUGCCGGCAAGGAGCUUCUUUCGCGGGCGGGUCCUAAUUUUUUCAGUUGUUAAAUGUUAAUUUAUCAGUAGGGUAGGGAGAAUUAUGGUAAUCAAGGCUUCAUGUUCAAAUUUUGCUCAUUAUAUCAUGUGAUUCUUUCAUCUUCUGAGUUGUGUUGUAACUUUAAUGUCAAUAAUUGUUUGAUUGUGUAACUUAGAAUAGCAUGUUUUAAUGAAUCACGGUAGAGGUGUAGGUUAUUGUCAUUUGUAAUAAAUAAAUUGCCAUUUUUUUUAAAGGGCAGCUUGAAGCACAAA